UUACAGGUAACGAGAAUGGCAAAUAUUGGACUUUUGGUGCACCUACAGCAUGGCGCUGCAUUUUUUUUAAGUCCGGCACCGUUUUUUGGAUACUACAGACUGUGAAGAAUUCUUUUAAAUCACCUCCGUGUAUUGCAGUCUUUAUCAUAUACACAAAUAUUUUGACUUAAUACUGUUAUUACUUAGCCUAUUGAUAAACAACAAUUUUGUCCAUUUAAGUAUCUGAUUGAAGUUUAAUUAACUUUAACAGAAUUUCAAAGUAUAAAAUAGUUUUUUAAUCAAGAUCCAGUUUGUAAAAUGCCGCAUACCAUGCGUUCUUGGAUUGUUGUGGUUCGCUUUUCGCUUUUGUAUUUAUUUGCUAAAAUUGCCCUCGGACUACCCCUUACCACCAAUCCCUUAACUAAAUCUGUCCACCAACCACAACGCAUCGAUGUGCAUCACCACUACAUUCCCGAUUUCUAUAACGAAGCGCUUCUGGCCAGCGGCGGUGAUCCGACGAAUUUCGGCAACCCCAAUUGGUCACUACCAUUAGACGAUCAAUUCAACCAGAACAACUCCAUAACCGCCGUCAUCUUCUCCAUAACCACGCCCGGCACCAGCAUCAUGCCAUCCAAUCAGGCGGCUAUCAUUUCCCGAAAGGUCAACGAAUACGGCGCUACCCUGCGCGACCGAAAUCCAGAAAAGUACGGCUUCUUUGCCACGCUUCCAUCACUACUGGACAAAAAUAUGACUAUAAAGGAGAUUACGUACGCGUUAGAUGUACUGCACGCUGAUGGCGUAGCGAUUUAUACAAGCUACGGAAAUGGGACGCAUUACCUGGGCCAUCCGGAUUUUCGCGACAUCUGGACCGCGUUAAACAUCCGGAAUGCUACCGUCUUCAUCCAUCCUGCUUACGGAUGCAGUCUGAAGUCGGUAUCGGCGACCGUUAAUCUGAGCGUUUCCACGAUGGAUUUCCCGCAGGAGACCACGCGAACCAUCGUCGACAUGAUCGUGUCCAACAUUAUUCGGGAUUUCCGAAAUGUCCGGAUCAUUGUGUCGCAUGCGGGCGGAACACUGCCGUAUAUUUUUGGGAGGAUUGUCAACUCGUUUUAUCAGUCAGGGAGAGUUACGAAAACGCCGCAGCAGUUUCUGGAAGAAGUGAAAACGCUGUACUUUGAUAUAGCGACGUCUAAAUAUGAUAUAACGUUGGAUUCCAUCACCCGGUUUGCCGCUCCGGAGAAAAUUCUAUUUGGCACAGAUUUUCCUUAUAAUCCAUUAGGAGCCGCCCUGGAGGAAACAAAAAACUGGGAUAACUACGUGAAGAUGAAGGGGUCACCGCGAAAUCUGCUGUUAAUAAAUGGCGACAAUGCACUGGCGCUGUUUCCUAGGUUUCGUAAUGAUAGUGUUCCGUCAGCCACUCUUGGAGCUCCUAUUAAGAUUAAACCGUUUGCUGCAUCAUGGCAAAAGCCGCAGCGGAUAGAUGUCCAUCACCACUUUACUCCUGAUUUCUCCAACGAAGAUUCCCGAAAUGGAGGUUACCCAACAAACACCGGCAAUCCUGCGUGGUCACUCCAGUUAGACGAUCAGUUUAACCAGAACAACUCAAUCACCAACGUAAUCUUCACUGCCAUCGUGCCGGCAACUGGUAAUAUGUCAUCUAACCAGACUGCCAGAAUUAUACGAAAGGUCAACGAACACAGUUCGUACUUACGCGACACGAAUCCUCGAAAGUACGGUUUCUUUGCCGCACUUCCGUCACUACUUGACAAAAACGGAACGCUCGAGGAGGUUGCAUACGCGCUAGAUGUACUGCAUGCCGACGGAUUUAUCGUAUAUACAAGCUACGGAAACGCCACACAUUACCUUGGUCACCCGGAUUUCAAGGACGUUUGGGCGGCGCUAAACGCGCGUAGCGCCACAGUUUUCAUUCAUCCCACAUACGGAUGUAGCUCAAAGUCGGUGUCAGCGAUAGUAAAUCUGACGGUCUCCAUGAUGGAUUUCCCGCAGGAGACAACGCGUACCAUCGUCGACAUGGUUGCAUCCAACGUCAUCCGUGAUUUCCCCAAUGUCAAGAUCAUAGUGUCGCAUGCGGGUGGCACAUUGCCAUAUGUCUUCGGACGGAUUUUCACCUCGUUUUACCAGUCUGCACAAAUUACAAAAACGCCACAGCAGGUUCUGGAGGAAGUACGAAGCAUUUAUUUCGAUAUAGCCACGUCCAAGUAUGACCUGACACUGGAUGCCAUCAUGAAGUUUGCAGCGCCGGAGAGGAUUUUGUUUGGGACUGACUUUCCAUACAAUCCGCAAGGAGCGGCAGAGGAAACCAGAAACUGGAAUGACUACGUGAAAAAGAACGAGUCACCCGGGAAUCUGCUGGCAGUAAACAGUAAAAACGCUUUGGCAUUGUUUCCAAGAUUUCGUCAGUACAACACAGCAGCAACAUAAAGAGCGGACACCAAUUUUUAUCGCAUUCCUAUAUUAGUCUGUAAUAGUUUUAAAACAGGUUAUUGUUACUGGUGUGCAUUUCAAUACCAGUUGACAUA